AUGUUAACAUAAAACGCGCAGAAUUCCUCCCCAGCAGUAGUGAUUCACAUGCAUACACUAUGUUUGUAUAGUGUAGACAGUCGAAAAAAAAACAUUAUAAAUGCCAUAAUGACAAUAAUGACAUGAAAAAUAUACAUAAUAUAACUGAGUGCGGUAUUCACAAGAAUUUUCCACUUCAUCUGUGUUUAGCGAGUGUUAAAAGCCAGUUCCAGCUAGCUACAUACAUACAUACAUACAUACAUAUAAUUAUUUGUUUGAUUAAUUGAGUGGAGGUGUCAUGGCAAAUGAAGAGCGUCUCCGUUCUCUCCUAGCUGACCUGGGAAAAGCGACCCUUCGAGGUGUUAAAAAAUGUCCAAAAUGUGGCACCUACAAUGGUUCACGUGGACUUUGUUGUAAAAAUAAAUAUUGCGAUGCAGUAUUUAAAGAGCCUGGUGAAAAAAGAAAAUUAUCAACGGAAGCAUGUAAACUUAUAACUGGAUCAGCGGUUCAGGUUUUUUCAGUACGAGUGCGCGACAAAGGUCCUGAUGAUAGAGGUUUUGUCCAACUGCCCAUUAUUAAUGCUACAGCGGCCAAUGAGAUGAACACUCUUAUUUGUCAAAGCACCGCCCUAUGCUUCGCCGAUAGCUGCGAAAGGAGUUUUGACACUAGUGUUUUGAAAUGCCAUGAAAAAAAUUCAUCCAAUAGCAGUGUUCCCACUUGUCAGCAUAUUCAAGCAGCUCUCAGAUGUUAUGCUGAGGCUCAACCUCUCACACUGAGAAAUUCAGUUCUAUCAUCGCUAAAUGUUAAUAAUGAGAUGAAACAGGAAAUUUGGCUACUAGCCACUGAAACCUCCGGGCCUCUAGUCCAGCGUGUCUCAAAAACAAUUAUGGCCGUCAAAUGUAAAGCAUCACCUAAACAUCCCCUUGGUUAUUUACAUUUUUCAUUUUAUACCAUCAAAUUUAGGGAGAAAAUAGAGCACAGAUACUUUUGCACAUGCACCGGUUUAAAGGCAGCCCCCAAAGUAAUAGAGGCAAAGGGGGAGGGGGAUUUGCCUGGACAGGCACGACGCUGUGCUCAUUUUUACGCCUGUAUUUGUGCCUUUGCGAGCGAUCCAAAAUUAUCAGAUGAAUUUAGGUAUUACAUUAAUCUAGAUCAGAUGGAAUUGAGAUCAGAGAAGAGUCUCAGUGUACCUUUUCAACCGUCCGAAACAGAUAAAAUCAUUGGAAUGGAUAUAGAGGGUCUGAGUGAUGAUACCCACUUUCUUAUAUUCCGCGAUGAUACUUUGACAGUGCAGAAUUUAGAUGGAAGUAGAUUGGACAUUGACUCGAUAAAUCUUGAUGCAACAAUUCUGCCCAAUAAUAUUGUCGAUGGAAUUGAUGUGGAUUGCGCGCCGGCAUUUCUCAACACUGGAAACAGCAUAAUUACCCAUGUUGAUGAUAAUGAAAUUAUUGAUCAGAGUAGAAUAAUUAAUAUUAGCUCGGUGAAAAAUCUCCAAGAUGGAUCGACAAAAUACAAUGAAUCAAGUAAUAGGGAUUAUCUGGAAGAUAACCAAACAUUUAAACUGUGGAACGCUGGAUCAAUUGGUAUAUUAGAUAAACAAGGAAAUUUCAAUGAGAAAAAUGUAAAAUUAUUGAAUAGUGAAAGUACAAUGCUUGACAGCAGUGUCCAAAUAAUUAACAAUACCGCUAUUAUGAAUUAUGAAUCUGGAGUGGCUAUGACAAUGCAAAUGAUGAACACUAUUCAACCUUCUUCCACUAAGAGAAAGCGAGAUGAAAUAUUAUUGCCUAAUAAUUUGAGUAUCAACAAUUUGAAUUCAAUUGAAACAAGAAAAGGCAAGACAAAAACAACAAUUAUUAAAAAAUAUCAAAAUUCGGGCGACAAUUUGGAUGAGAGCAACGCCAAUUUGUCAUUUAUCAAGUGGUUAGGAUCAAUAACUGAAAGAAUCAAUCAAACAAUGCAUUUUCAAUUUGAUGGAAAACCCGAACCACUUGUCUUCCAUGUACCACAGAUAUUUUUCGACUGUCUUCGAGAACGAAUAUCAUGUGGAGGUAAGAAGAAACGACUACCAAACUCUACUACGGCGUUUAUUAGAAAAGACGGUGUACCCCUGGGAACUUUCACCAAAUACACAUGGCAAAUUACCAAUAUUCUUCACAUCAAGAGUAUUUUUGAUACACCGAUGAUACCCCUAGAAAUAACCCGCAGUUUCUUACAAAAUUCUGAUGGUACAUAUGAAUUAUAUAAGCGAGAGGAAUCAGAUAUUGAUCGAUACAAGAAAAGUGGAAACAAUGCCCUUAUCAAACCACUUGAGUUGAAAACCUAUUUGAAAGUUGGAAAUACUUGUCCAAAUCAACUAGAACCCACACCUUUUUUGAUUGAAUGGAUACCCGAUAUUCUUCCGAUUUCAAAAAUUGGAGAACUUAGGUUGAGAUUUGAAUUCGGUCAUGUGAAAAGUGAAGCAUCCCAAAAAUUUAGAAAAGUAGCUCUAGCUAAGAACUACUCAUAAAUUUAUUCUUCAAA